GAGCGCGUAGAGUAGGCAAGAGAUUGGGGAAGACUUACGGAGAGAGACGAGGAUAUUGUAAGAGGGGAAGGAGAGAUACAAAGGCGGUCGAGAGCGAGACGUGUCGACCAUGGCCCGAGAGCUCAGCUUCAUGGAGGAGCUGCUGCUGCUGCCCCGCGAGGACGAGGAAAUGGAGGCCCCCCAUUUCUCGACGACGGACGAGGAGACAGAUCCGUCCGCGGCGGGGUCUUUGCUCCCCUUGGGUCCCCCGCUGGCGGGACCCCCACUCACCCCCACCAUGGCUCGGUACGAGAUGCUGCAGGCCGAACCCGAGUUCGCCUGCAUGGAGGAGCCGGCCUCUUCCUGCGUGCACGCUGCACUGCCCGCGCUCACCUGGGGCAACAGUGGGUUGUGUGACGGGGCCUCGCCGUGGCCCGGCGCUCUGGGGUGGUGCUCGGUUCUCAUCCUGCACGCGCGCGUCGCUCAGAAGUCGUACGGGAGCGAGAAGCGGUUCUUCUGCCCACCACCCUGUGUCUACCUGCACGGGCCUGGCUGGAGGAGACACCAGGGGCCCGAUGGGGGGCCCGUGGCUGUGGUGGCCUGCAUGGGGAUCCUGCAGGAGGGGGCGGCAGCUGCGGGGCCGCGAUGCGAGGAGGCGCAGAGAAUACCGCUGCAGCAGCAGCACGCGGGGAUGAGUUUCGGCUGUGCCAAGACCCUGUUCGUGUCGGACCAGGACAAGAGGAAGCACUUCCGUCUGGAGCUCACACUGGGGUUGGUGGACGGGCAGGAGAUCGGUUCCUUCCUCAGCCGAACCAUCAAAGUUAUCUCCAAGCCAUCGAAGAAGAAGCAAUCGAUCAAGAACGCUGAGCUCUGUAUCCCGUCGGGAUCACGCGUGGCACUGUUCAACCGCCUGCGCUCGCAGACUGUGAGCACGCGCUACCUGCACACACAGGGGGGCGGCUUCGUCGCCAGCGGGCAGCAGUGGGGCGCCUUCACCCUGCACCUGGUGGAGGACUCGAGGCCUAUGCAAGGAGGCUUCUCGCUGCGUGAUGGCUUCGUACGCUACGGGGCGAGUGUGCGGCUCGUGUGCCCAGAGAGUGGCCUGGCACUGCCCACCAUGGUGAUUCGGAAGGUGGAGAAGCAGAGUGCCCUGCUGGCCGUGGAUGAGCCGGUGUCCCAGCUGCACAAGUGCGCGCUACUCGUGAAGGGCAGCGCCAGUGCCUACCUGUGCCUCUCCAACGACCGCAUCGUCCUCUACCGGGCCUCUCCGUGCACCCGCGACCCGGCACGGGAGCUGCUGGGCGACGGAGCCUGCUGGACCAUCAUCGGCACGGAGCGCGUGGAGCACAGCUUCUUGCAGCCCGCUGGGGUGGUGGGGCCGGGGGGGGGCGGCCCCCCACCCCCGCAGCUGGGGCCAGUCACCCCCAUCCCGAGCAUCACCGGCUUAGAGCUGCAUGGUGGGGGUGACGUGGCCACGCUGGAGCUGACCGGGGAGCACCUGGAGCCCGGCCUCAAGGUGUGGUUCGGCGCAGUGGAGGCUGAAACGCUCUACAGCCUACAGCUUCUGCUACACACCGGAGCCUGCGUGGGCCCUGCCGGCGGCUUCUUCGCUCGACGGCGGCCCUCCGCCCACGGCGGAGCCCGCCCUGAGCCACGCGUCGAUGUUGCCACCAUCUUUGUCCUCCUCGUUUUCGUCGUUGUUCGCCUCCUCUGGGGGGCUGGGGGUCGUGGAGGCAGCAGCAGCAUCAGGAGGAGGAGAUACGAUCCUGAGCUCCAUUCACCAGGAGUUCACGAGAUGCGGACUUCAUCUGCUCGCUCAGAGCUAGAGAUGCAGACUUCGUCUGCUCGCUCAUGCGCCGACACAUUGGGAAAAAACGUCUCGAACAAAUUCAUAAAAAUCCUGAAGAAAAAAAAAUGUGCAAGAAAAAUAUAUUUUUUAAGAUGUGAAUUUCCCCCGAAGAUGAGGCUGUAAACUUUAAAACUGGAACCCCUACACAGCCACCACGGCCACUACGGCUUAACCAAACACAAAGACCCCCUCCCCCCCUGUAGCCUGUAACAGACUCUUGGGGCAAGUGCUGUUAGUGAGCACCCAUGGAGGCCGGCAUGGCACACGAGGGGGUGGGUGGCCAGCACCACACCCCGCCGCCUUUGUCUCCCCAGUCGCGAUAUUUACACACCGCACCAGGUACUUUUUCAGAAUCAGAAUAUGUAUUUCUAUUGGCGGAAUCCGAUGAGCUACAAAGCUCUUUUUCACAGAUGUCCAGUAGGGGCACGGGGUAAAAACAAACAGUACAAAAACACGAUAGUAGUGCAUUGUACGAGAAUGGCAAACAAAUCACACAAAAAGAAACAAAGAAAACUAGACCAUCCACAUCCUACCAGGCAAAACACAUUGGGGAAUUAAUUGAGGCUGAGUCGACCUAGGGGAGGCCCAGGACCGGUUCAGAUAAUCGUCACUUGUGUUGGCCGCGAGCGGGAAUCGAACUCGGGGGUCCGCGGGAUCGUAGCGCAGCGCAGCACGAACCGCUACGACGCUACCAGCUCUCUGAACCACAAUUCCAUUCACAAUCACGAUGGCAGCGUUACGUGGGGGUCAGGAUCUGGAUGCCAAUGUCGAAGUCUGCUGCUGAUGCUAUUGACACGACGAGAGAGGGCAGAGAGAGACUUCAUGUGUUGUUGAAGUAGGUGAUCUAAAACAACAACCGUGUUGUGUCUGUUGCAGAAACUGUGGCUCAAACUCAGGAAUGGAUCCCGAACGUGAUCUUGGUAGCGGUGAUCCAGUGUCUUUGGGCCGGAAGCCGUCUCGUGUUUACAGGAGAGGGUACAGCACAGCAAGUGGGAGGUCGUCGCGAGCCCGCGGGUUGUCAUCGGGAGUCGAUUGGGGUCCGUUGAAGCCGGUACACCAAUGAUCAGCGAGAUAGGACGGAGCAGAUCGAUGGGGGCUCUUGAGAAGACGAGUAGGAGGCGCGAUGACGUCUGCGUCUCGAACAAGGUGCUUACUUAACGACAAUCAUCAAUAGUUAUUAUCGAUAGUUAAUCGUCAUAAUUGAUAGUAGACCAAUGAUGUACGUGGGGCCGUUCGUGCGAACUGCAUCCCGGAGUGCUCGGAGGGAGUUUGCAGCGCGCGCAGUUUUCGCACGGCGGUGCAGGGAGCCGUAGGCAGCGGAGUGGAAGGCGGCCAGCCAGAAUGGACGCCGCCAAGAAUUUGCCCGAGCUCUGUGGUCCUAUAUUUAGAUAUUUGGCCAGGAAUGUUUUAUGCUGGUACGAUGUUAAACUUACAAUGGGUGGUUUAUUUUUUGCAAAUCUUUAGAUGAGAUGUAUAACUUUUAUUUGUUUCAACCAGUGGUUCUUCACCUGGAGUGCACGCGUCCCCUGGGGGUGCGAGAUGCUCUUUCUGGUGGGCGUGUGAGAUGUGGCCAAAUUUCUUUUUUAGAAGGUAAAUCAUCGAAAACACAAAUUAAGCAUCGGACACGUUAAGUAACAGACUUUGUUCCAUCAAACCCUAUGUGGUUUAUGAACAUUACAUAUUUUUUUUCAAAGAUUGAGAACCAAAGGAGUCAAUAGGCGGCGGUAAAAGGUUGAGAUACCGCUGGGUUUAAAUCGCAUUUGCUGCUUACUCUUAGAGUGAGAAAGGGGAAGAUGAUACUUGGAGAUACUUGGAGAGGCCGCUGACCCCCGUAUAUUUUUGAACUAGAAGGAAAACCGCGUUGCCGAUUAAUCACAAAAAAAUAUGACGAUCGGUUUGUAUGUGUAACGGCUUAAAUACUGCAGGAGACGAGUUGCCGGAGGCAGCACGUAUUUAUUUAUAACACCCUACAGAACAGUCAUCUAUACAGCCUAGGAACACAGCCUACGGCUACGCGUGCCUGACACCGGCUACGCUUUUAGGUCCUCCGGCUAUGUCCUUCCUAGAGGAGGCCAUCUGACCCGACCUAGCCAGGGUACGUGUCCCAACCACUGGCUCAUCAAACCCGGCCCUGAUAAGGACGUCGGGCCGUGAGUACCCAGGGUCUCACCACUGAGCCACACAGAGUCCCGGCCCUGAUAAGGGCAGCGGGGCUAGGGGUCCCAGGGUCCUAUGUAGCUUGCUCCGUCUUCAUUCUUCACUGGCUUCAACGACUCCCGAGCGCUCAUGCGCAUCGCCUUAUAUAGCCCUCUGCUCCCCGAGGGGCGGGGCUAGUGCGGACGUCGGUGUAGCCACCCAUGUGCGGACCGUGAUGUAGACACUGGCUACGCGAUGGCUCGCUACAUCCCGGUACGUACCACCUCUACACAUGUGUAAUGACAGGGUGACAUCUGUCGGCCUGGAGUGGUAAUUGCGGUUAUGGGUGCAUUACGUAAUGCCUUAUUAUAAGGGGGCGUAUCUGGGGUAAAGGUGAAAGGCGGAGUCAGUCUAGAAACUCCGGAAACCGGCUCGAGGGUUCUGGAAGGGGGCGUGGCCAGAGGCCGUGCCGGGGGCAGAUAUACGGAGGACCGAACCAGAGGUUCGGGGCUGCCCAGCAUCAUUUCUUCGUUCACCGACCACAUGGCUGAUCUGCUGCAAGACCCUCUUCGCUGCUGUCGCUACGCUAGUCUGACAGCUGCGUAGAUGUAUGCCGGCGAUGGGGCUGUGAGUAUUAGGAUCGCCUAUGUGUAGCUGUGUUACAUAAUGUAUCUCCCAGUGUGCUCUUCAUAAAUAAGAAGCCUUCUACUCGGCGUGUCUCGGAAGUCGCUCACUACACAUGUAUAAUAUAGGUUUUUCUUUUCUUGGGUUAGAUUGCAUAAAUAUAAAUGUGUCGUUAAACCCGCGACAACUAGUAACGAAUUGGCGUGUUCUGUUUACGUGACAAACCUUACUAAUAUGACGGCUGUGUCGGUUGGUGGCGGGUUUUAACAAUACAUUUAUAUUUACGCGAUCUAAACAAACCCCCCCCCCCCCCAUAUUAUGGAUGAUAUUGGUCGCGAAAGCCUCCUAAUACGUGUUAAACUGGUUUACAUGUUAAUUGUCCCUCUGAUUUAGAGAUAAUAAAAAUAAAUAAUUUUCACUGCGUGUGUAUUUAAAAUGAAAUUAUUUGA